AGCGGACAGUUCUAGCACGGAUGACAUCGGUCAGAAUAUUGACUCCGUAUUGCUUCGAUGUGGGGAAGGAUGGGUUAUCGUUUUUCAAUGAAUAUAUUUACGAUUGUUCCCGCGUUGCUGUUGGUCUCCAGCUGUGCCGCCCAGUAUUUGGGACACGCAGUGUCCUACCAAUACCACUCCCACGGUGGCACUCGUGGCUUUUCCUAUAGCUUCGCCCAUCCAUUCCCGCAGCAUCAGGAAUCCAGCGACCAUCAGCACCAGGAAAGCACCCCAGAACCAAUCCCGGAGGUCGAACACAAUCCUCACCAUGCCGCAUUAUCGGAACUCAAGAAAUUCUUCCUAGUCAACGGGAUAGACAGUAUCCCGUACUACGAACCUGCUCCAGUUCAAAAUACACAAGUGGAAUCGACAACGUGGCAUCCCGGAUCCCAGCAGAUCGAUCCACCGGUGGAAAAGCUAGCACCGUUGCAGCACACGGAUGACCGGUACGCCAGCUCCAACAAUGCACCCGAGCCGGAUCACCGAGACCAACAAUACACAACCUCUCUGAGCGAGCACUCGAUCCCGGUAAGCGAGCAGCAGCAGGACACAGGCUGGUACAACACCGAAGCUCCAACGUACGCUCCCCAAAGCGAGGAUCCCACGACUACCCAAUCCCCGGGACCACCAGAUGACCAGGACCGCGCUGUUGUCGGGUACGAUGGAACGCGUCGUUACGUUCCCGUGUACGAAUCAUCCCUAGGCUGGCGUCGUCCCCAGUAUGUACCGGAGCCCCCGAAUCAGCUUCUCCCGCCGCCGAAGCCCCAUCGUAGCAGCAGCAGCAGCAGUAAAUCCGGCAAAGGAUCCCGGCAUCAUUCCCGCGGUAAACGACGACACAAGUCACGCAAGAGUCGGAAAAACAAGCAUCGUGGCUCGAACGGGGCCGCGCUUGUAUAUGAAGCUGUACAAGGGCGCGAACUGGAAGAUGACGAAGACUACGGCGAGGAGGAUUAUACUGACGAAUCGGAUGAAAAACGUUGAGUCGGAUGUAUGGUGUUGUCUUUUGUUCUCUAGGAUAGAUGCCGUUGUUAUUUGUUGUUGAUUGUUUUUGAAUGCUUCUAUGAAGUUUGUUGUUUCUGCUAUCUGAGGUCUAACCUCAAAACCGACCUGUUUUAGUGAAAAUAAAUGCUUUAUUGCAAUAUAUUAU